AUGGGGCAAGAAGAACCUCAAAAUAAACAAGGAGUCUGCCAUUCCCAGUGGAUCCCUUGGGUCAUUGCCAUUGUGUUCAUCCCAGUUCUCAGUGUCUGUUUUAUUACAAGUUAUGUUUUGACUCAUCGCAACUUUGUACACUGCAAGAGAAGCAUGAGAGUGUUCCAGCUUCCAGAGCACCCCAAGAAGCUGACAUGCAUCAGAGAGAAAUCAGAACUGAAAGAGAGCACCUGGAACUGCUGUGCUGUUGGCUGGAGAUCCUUCCAGUCCAACCGCUGCUUUCCUCUUAAUGACAACAAGACGUGGGCUGAGAGUGACAGGAACUGUACAGGGAUGGGGGCUCAUUUGGCCACUAUGAGCACGGAAGCUGAGCAGAACUUUAUUCUUCAAUUUUUGGAUAGAUGAUUUCCAUAUUUCCUGGGACUUACGAAUGAGAACCCUGAAGGCCAGUGGCACUGGGUGGACAAGACACCAUUUAACCCACAUAUAGUAUUCUGGCAUGAGGGUGAACCCAACAACUAUCAGAAAGAAAACUGUGUUGUCCUUGUAAGUGCUCAAGACAAAUGGGCCUGGAAUGAUUUUCCUUGUAACUUUGAGACAAGGAGAGUUUGUAAGAUACAUGGAACAGCAUCCUGUGAAACCUGUGAGUAG